UCUCACAAAUGAAAGACAUCUUUGUGAAGCUGAAAUGUGUUCCCAUUGACCCGUGGAGGGUUUCUUCGUAACAAUGUGCUGCGGCGCUGGCAACAUAGUUCCAUCCCAUCAGCAGCGCCUUCAACUCGUGAAUAUUCAUCCACACUCCUCGGCCCAGCGCGACAAUAAACAAGGGCAGAGGGGCUGAAUGCCUGGCCGACGAGGAGGAGGAUAGAGGGGGGCAAAUCCCGAGAAAAGUGGGGGGCAAACAAGUCGUCUCCAUGGCAACAAGCCCUGCCUUCCACUCUGGCAGGCUGUGAGAGGCGACUUGGAGGCAGGAGGCCUUUUUUUUUUCUCCUUCUGCUUUUUUGUCGGUUUCGGUUGGAAAGACAUGAGUCGGAGUUUAUUGAGAAGGACAGGUAUCCGGCAGAACCAGCCAGAGUUUUUCAAGGUGUAGACCGACGGGAUUUGUGCCUCGCAAGGGGAUUAUAAUCUGAAAAUGUCAGCAGAAGCAGCCAUGGAUGUGGGGAGAAACUCGGAGGUGAGUGGGUGGUUUGCAGACAAACAUGACUGCCAACAAGAAUUCAAAGGCUGUGCCCCGCACAGGAGGGGGUAAAGCUCCCCGGGACGUCCGUGACAGGUGCCAGUCUACGUCAGCGUGUCCUGUUCUCUCUACCAGCCAGGGGCAGAGCCAGCAGCCCGUCCUCAGCGACAGUGAGAACUCUGGGAAGCAGAGUCGGUACGUUCGCACUGACGGCAGGUUCCUGGUACGUGCUGGCUGGAACAGCAAGACAGCUAGCCUGUGCAGCGGUGCAUCUCUCACAGGUGACACUGACUCCCAAGGCCGUCUCACCAAGUCAAAGAGCAUCAGUUGCCUGGACAACAGGCUCUCCAUAUAUAAGCCCCCAGCUCAAACUAAGUCCUGUCAGGAAAGUCAGGGUGUCCAGGAACAGAAGGAGAAACAAGGGGAUCACUCAGCAGGAGAUGGACUUAAUGGUAGGCCCCUGAGUUGGAGCACACUCUCACUAGGAUCUUCCUCUGACCAAAGCAGCAAGCGCACCCUCUCUCUCACCCGGUCAGUAGCAGGUGUUCCCCCUAGCACAAUCCGCAAAAAAAUCUCAGAAUGGGAGUGCAGAAGGGUGGCUCUGCCUAGGAUGAGCCUGUGUCUGGAUAAAAGGGGAGGGGAGCGUGUCGGGGGCAGUGAGGGCUGCCCGAGCCUGCUGUCUUCUCCCUGUAGUGAGGAGACUUUUGACUUUAAAGGGGUUCGCAGGAUGAGCACAGCAUUCUCUGAGUGCUCCUACACAGAGACAGAGGAAGGAGUUUCAGACAAAGACGGCCUUGGUCGCUUCCAGAAAAGGACAGGCAAGACAGAGUCCUCAGGAACGUUUGGACGUUCUCUGUCUGCUCGGAAGGAAACAUCAGCAGUUCUCAACAGGAUACAGAAGAUAGAACAAGCCUUGAAGGAGAAUCCCAGCCCACCCCCUCCGCGUUAUCUGAGCAAUUGCUACGGUCCAGACAAGACAAGACAAAAGUCUUUUGUGAUAGGUGACGAUUUGGACAGCACAUGCGCCAGUAAGCGCAGCAGCAUUUGCUCAGUGGCCACUGAACCAGAUUCUGUUUUGGUACCUGAUAAGCUCUCUAAACUUAGACAAAGGUUUAGUGUGAGCUCAGCCAGGUCUGAGAGCCCAGAGCCACCCGGCCAACACACCUCUGUUGGCACAUCGGUCAACCCCUUACCAAAACCCAAACGCACUUUUGAGUAUGAUGCCAAACAGGACCAGAAGGGUAUGUUGCCAUCCAAUGGACUACCUCCAAACAGAACCUCUGAGUCUGCCCCACCUCUGCCUUCCACCCCUGCACCCAGCAUGCCACGAACUGCAAAGACAGAGGGGAGCACCCCCAUGAGAAUUCAGGACAGAGAGUCAUGUGAGUCAGAAGAUGCUGCAAGUCGGCCAUCUUCCUGUCUGUCUUCACCUACGGAGAAUGGCACAGUGACCACAGACACACGGAGUCGACCCAAAAGCACUUUAGAGGAGAAUGCCUAUGAGGACAUAGUAGAGAAGGAAAACCCAUAUGAGGAUGUUGACCUGAAGCGGAAGAGUUUGGGUCGGAAGUCUUGUCUGCUGGAGAGCAGCAGAUCUUGGACGGCCAGGAAAGUGAACUCAGCACCACAGUUGCCUUCCAAACCCAGUAGCCAGUCCCUUCGCCUGCCUGGCCCGAGCGACAGGAAGAGCCACCGGAUGUCACAGUUGUCCAAACGCUACAGUCAAGAUGAAAUGCUGCUUCUCCCCCAGCUGGGUGUAUCAUCUUCAUCUUGUGGCCUGCUGGAUGAUAGCCUCUGUAACACCAGUGACAGCCUGGCCUCACACAGGCACUGGAGGAUCCCCAAGCUGGUCCAGAGGAUCAACUCCAUUUACUGCACUAAACGUGGGAAGAAGCGGCUGAAGAAGCUAUCCAUGUCCAAUGUUGAGACCACAUCUCUGAGAGAUGACAACAGUGAGAGUGAAAGUGACUCUGAUGACAGGUUCAAAGCUCACACACAGAGAUUGUUGAAACUGCAAUCCAUCCUUCAACGGGCCCCUAGCUACCGCACAUUGGAGCUGCAGCUUCUUGAGUGGCAGGAGAGAGAACUGUUUGAGUAUUUUGUUGUUGUCUCUCUAAAAAAGAAACCCAACAAAAACUCCUACUCCCCAGAGGUCACCUACCAGUUCCCCAAGCUAGAGAGGCCCACCAAGCAGAUGAGGGAGGCAGAACAGAGGCUCAAAGCCAUUCCUCAGUUCUGUUUUCCAGAUGCAAAAGACUGGAGUCCUGUUUCUGAGUACACCAGUGAGACUUUCUCCUUCAUGUUGACUGGAGAGGAUGGCAGCAGGAGGUUCGGGUACUGCAGGCGCCUGCUGCCGACUGGCAAAGGACCUCGCCUUCCAGAGGUAUACUGUGUCAUCAGCAGGCUGGGCUGUUUUGACUUGUUCUCCACAAUCCUGGAUGAGGUAGAGCGUCGACGAGGCAUCUCAGCAGCCCUGGUCUAUCCCUUCAUGAGAAGCCUGAUGGAGUCUCCCUUCCCUGCACCAGGGAAGAUUAUUAAAGUAAAGACCUUUCUGCCAGGUGCAGGAAAUGAGGUCAUUGAGCUGAGGCGGCCCACCGACUCCAGACUGGAGCAUGUGGACUUUGAGAGUCUGUUCAGAUGCCUCAGCGUACGGCAGGUGAUCCGGGUCUUUGCCUCAAUGCUGCUGGAGCGCAGAGUCAUCUUUGUGGCCGAUAAACUCAGUACCCUGUCCAGCUGCAUGCUUGCAGUGGUGGCGCUGCUGUACCCCUUCUCCUGGCAACAUACCUUCAUCCCUGUGCUGCCAGGGUCCAUGCUGGAUAUUGUCUGCUGUCCCACUCCCUUCCUGGUGGGGCUGCUGUCCAGCUCACUGCCAAAACUUAAAGAGUUACCUGUGGAAGAGGCUUUAAUGGUUGACCUCGGAACUGACCGAUUCAUCCGACAGAUGGAUGACGAGGCUUCACUGUUGCCGCGAAAACUUCAAGCAGCUCUUGAGCAAGCGCUGGAGCAGAGGAAUGACAUCAUCAAUCAGGACUCUGACAGCGAGUCAGAUGAAGAAUAUAACUCACUGAACAGCCUGGUGUCAGAGGCUUUCAUCCGCUUCUUCCUUGAGACCAUCGGCCAUUACUCCCUGUUUAUCACGCAGAACGAGCGUGGAGAGCGCGUUUUUCAAAGGGAGUCUUUUCGCAAGUCUGUGGCAUCUAAAAGCAUCCGUCGCUUCCUGGGUGUCUUCAUGGAGUCACAGAUGUUUGCAGGGUUCAUCCAGGAUCGGGAGCUGAGGAAAACCCGGGCUAAAGGUCUCUUUGAGCAGAGGGUGGAACAUUAUCUGGAGGAGUUGCCAGACACAGAGCAGAGUGGAGUCAACAAAUUCCUUAAAGGCCUUGGAAGUAAAAUGAAGUUUCUCCACAAAAAGACCUGAGGGGGAAAUCAUCCUUUUGUUUUCAGUCAUAAAACAAACUGAAGAUCUGAUGUCUCAUGUCUCUGCAUCAUGAUGAUUCUCACCUUUUUGUCUUUAGUUUUUUAUGUAAGCAUGUACAUAUUAUUUCUCUGUAAACUGGCUGUGAUACUAUUCAGUGUAUGUUUAUAGUACCUUAUGAGAUAGUGAUAGCAGGAUGGUACACAACGAGUGAGCCAUAGAGUAACCACUGAUGUCCAGGUGUGCCUGUGAAGAGUGUUAUUGGAAUGUGUGAGUGUAUGGGACUUUAUACGGGCAUAGAUGUACAGUUCAUAUGUAUUCAUUUUGCAUUAUCUCACAACAGUGCUGUCCUCUGUUUAAGGAGUAUAAAACCCAUUUGGAAACUGUACAGACAACGAAGAAAGUGAUUGUAACUCUUCAGAGUCUUUUGCAAUCUUUUAUUAAAAAUGGUAAUUAAAUGUUUCAA